GUUGGUAGGGUGCUUGAACUUGUUUUGUUGGCAGGAAAUCUCUCCUAUUUCAUCGCUGCCUUAACUAUGGCGUCUUCUAAGCCCUAGCUCUCUUCCUCCCCAAUUGUUUCGCUCUCUCUUGGAAGGAUUAGCGAGGACGCUCGAAUCUUUAACCCUAGUCCACCUCUUUCGGGAUUCAAGAAAUGGGAGAAACCAGGGAUAACGAUGCUUACGAGGAAGAGCUUCUCGAUUACGAAGAAGAGGAAGAAAAGGCCCUCGAUUCCGUCGCGGCAAAGGGCGCUGGGGAAGUAGCUAAGAAGGGUUAUGUUGGAAUUCACAGUUCGGGGUUCAGAGAUUUUCUUUUGAAGCCAGAGCUACUUCGAGCUAUUGUGGACUCAGGGUUUGAGCAUCCUUCAGAAGUGCAACAUGAGUGCAUUCCUCAGGCCAUAUUGGGAAUGGAUGUCAUCUGCCAAGCAAAGUCUGGAAUGGGAAAAACUGCUGUCUUUGUUCUAUCAACUUUGCAGCAGAUUGAGCCUGUUGCAGGUCAAGUUGCUGCACUUGUUCUAUGCCAUACAAGAGAAUUAGCUUACCAGAUAUGUCAUGAGUUUGAGCGGUUCAGUACCUAUUUGCCCGAUAUUAAGGUUGCUGUUUUCUACGGUGGUGUCAAUAUCAAAACUCACAAGGAUUUACUUAAAAAUGAGUGUCCUCACAUUGUUGUUGGGACACCUGGGAGGAUUUUGGCACUAGCAAGGGAUAAGGACCUUGCAUUGAAGAAUGUAAGGCAUUUUAUCCUUGAUGAGUGUGACAAGAUGCUUGAGUCACUUGACAUGCGGAGAGACGUGCAGGAGAUUUUUAAGAUGACUCCUCAUGAUAAGCAAGUUAUGAUGUUUUCAGCAACACUCAGCAAAGAGAUCCGGCCUGUUUGCAAGAGGUUCAUGCAAGAUCCAAUGGAAAUUUAUGUCGAUGAUGAGGCCAAGUUGACUCUUCAUGGUCUUGUACAGCACUACAUUAAAUUGAGUGAACUGGAGAAAAAUCGCAAGUUGAAUGACCUCCUGGAUGCAUUGGACUUCAAUCAAGUUGUUAUUUUUGUCAAAAGUGUGAGCAGAGCAGCUGAGCUGAACAAAUUACUUGUUGAGUGUAAUUUCCCAUCCAUCUGCAUCCAUUCUGGGAUGUCCCAGGAAGAAAGGCUGACACGCUACAAAGGAUUCAAGGAAGGGCAUAAAAGAAUUCUUGUUGCAACGGACUUGGUUGGCAGGGGGAUAGACAUUGAACGUGUUAACAUUGUUAUCAACUAUGACAUGCCAGAUUCUGCUGACACCUACUUGCAUAGGGUUGGAAGAGCAGGUCGUUUUGGCACCAAGGGGCUUGCAAUAACAUUUGUGUCAUCUGCUUCCGACUCUGAUGUUCUGAAUCAGGUUCAGGAACGGUUUGAGGUGGAUAUAAAAGAGCUCCCAGAGCAAAUCGAUACUUCCACAUACAUGCCAUCUUGAUGGAAGUUAAUUGAGCGGCAUUGAGGCCUCGGUGUAAAUUUAUCUAGGGGGAUGAAGAGCUAGCUUAGGUUGCCUUGUCAAAUGGAGGACAGCACAAAGUCGACAGUCGUGUGGACACAAGCAUAUAAUAUGAUGGAGGUGUUUCGAUGGAUGUAGAUUAACAAAGUCUGAUUCUAAAGAGGGACGCCGGGAGAGAACGAAAUUGUGUGUUCUACGUAAUUUUAUUAUUGUAGUUUUUGAUUGGGGAAGGUAGUUGAGUGUCAAAUGUGAUAGAUUACUAAAUCUAGGCUGAAAUUUUUUACUUGGAUAAUUGGUAAAAUACCCCAUAGCUAGCUAGUUCCCGUGGAUCUCUGUUAAUUUGGCAUCUGCUAAUUUAAUAACGUUGCUGCAACAGUAUUAGUCUGUUAGAUUUGAGCUGCCUUUCUGUUAUUGCAGAAAUUUUACUUUUUUACCA